AUGAAAUCGGUGAUCCGAAAUGGGCCAGUGCUCAAGCAGCUGCUGGAUGCAUGCAAAAGUAGUAAAUUUGUGACGCUAGAUUUAGAAAACGACACUGUUAAAAAGUUUCAUUUAACGCCGAUCGGAAAAAUGUUGAAGAAUAAUCUGAGAGAGGAGUUCUACCGGGGUGAGAGCGGAACGGAACUGUAUGAAGGCAGCUCCGAAUUAUCACUGAUGGAGAAUCUCCGUUUCGCACAAGAGACCUUCGCCGUGAGUCUUCCUUUUGGGAUGGCUGUGGAGGAUCGGUUCACGGGUAGAAACAUUCAACUGAGUGAGACCCACCAAAUGGAGCUAGAGAGAGGAUCGCUUCUGACUUGCUCGUACUUCAUCAAUCCGGCAACAAGCAAGGAAUUUAUGUACAAAGCCCAACGUCAGCGCAAGAUUUGGUGGAUGCGAUUUGCGUGCGAUCCGGGACGAUACUUUAUUUCCGAUCCGCGGCAGGAUUCCGCAAGAAGAAUUCAAUCCGUCAACAUAAGGGCGCGUUUUGGUGACGAAGAACUGACACUUGAGCAGUUGGAGUUGAUACCGGGUGAUGCAAUGUGGGAACAGAUGAGGGGUUUUCAAGCGAAAGCUGGCCGGUCAGGCAAAAAGAUUACACCGGAUGUGGUUAGGAUAAGCCAAUGCGCAGAAGUUGCAACGCUAGGGGUGAUACUGGAUGCUGCGCAAUCGUCCGAGGAAAAUAGCGUUAAAAUUCAUAGAAGAUUAGCUCCGUUUAAGUGUGGAAUAGUGUGCAUGACCGAAGAUCCUAUCCAGCUCGAGGAAUUGCGCGACCUGGCAAGACACCUGACCACCGUCAUACGACGAGUAAAUCUCGCCGUUCUGGAUUGCUCCCGACAGACGACAGGUACAUCAAAUCAACGCUCACUAACCAAACAACUCCACCACCUGGACUCGAUAGGGGUCCCGUACAGUCUACUGCUUCGCGAACAAAGUCUACAGAAUGGUCUACUACAGCUGCGCUCGCGAGACACAACCAUCAGUGAAACAAUUCACAUUUCCGAUUUGCCACAUUAUUUAUUGAAAAUUAUAACAAGUUAGACAAGAAUAAAUUAUCGGUGAAGAA